CCCGAGCCCGGCCCAGCCUCGUCCCGUUCGGGGCCCGCCCGGACGCCGGCCCCGAUCCCGGACAGGCGCGCCGCGGCCUCUCCCCGGCCCGGGUCCCGGCGCCUCCCGGGGGAGCGGCGCUGCCGGGCGAGCGCAGGCCCGGCCAUGACCGACUUCAAGUUGGGCAUCGUGCGGCUCGGCCGGGUGGCCGGGAAGACCAAGUACACGCUGAUAGAUGAACAAGACAUCCCACUGGUGGAGAGCUACUCCUUCGAGGCCCGAAUGGAAGUCGAUGCAGACGGAAAUGGUGCUAAGAUAUUUGCUUACGCCUUUGACAAAAGCCGAGGACGGGGCUCCGGACGGCUGCUUCACGAGCUACUCUGCCUGAUGGAGGGAUGCGGACGAGAGGAGGCCAGUGUGGAGAGCUGUCCUGUUUCCCAGGGAGCGGCACAGGGGUGGCAUCGCGCCCGGCUUCCAGGUGGUGCACCUCAACGCCGUGACUGUGGACAACCGCCUGGACAACCUGCAGCUGGUGCCGUGGGGCUGGUGGCCCAAAGCCGAGGAGACGUCCAGCAAGCAGCGGGAGCAGAGCUUGUACUGGCUGGCGAUCCAGCAGCUGCCCACCGACCCCAUCGAGGAGCAGUUCCCCGUGCUGAAUGUGGCACGGUACUACAAUGCCAACGGGGACGUGGUGGAGGAGGAGGAGGGCUCCUGCACCUACUACGAGUGCCGCUACCCACCCUGCUCGGUGAUGGAGAAGCAGCUCCGGGAGUUCAACAUCUGUGGGCGCUGCCAGGUGGCCCGGUACUGCGGCUCCCAGUGCCAGCAGAAGGACUGGCCCGCGCACAAGAAGCACUGCCGGGAGAAGAGGCGCCCCUUGCAGCAUGAGCUGGAGCCCGAGCGGUGACGCAGCCGCCGCGCCAGGCCAGGCCUCGACUCCGGCGCCGGGGGCGCCCGCGACGCGCAGCGCUGCACCGGGGCUCGCCGGGCCCGGCGCUCAGGACGGACAGCGCCUCCCGUCCGGGGAUGGCUGGGGGCUCCCGCCAGGACGGUUCUCAUUAUUUAUAUGUUAAUAUGUUUGUAAACUCAUGUACAGUUUUUUUGGGGGGAGGUGGUGGGAGGAUUAGAAAUUACAAAUAGAAUCAUUUGCUGUAAUCCUGAAACGGUCACCUGUCGGGCCACAUGUCUGAAAACUGUCGUGUAGCAAAAGCUUCUCUUCUGGGUGCCAGAGGGGCAGCGGGGUGGAGGCUUGGGGUUCAGCCCUAGCUCCCGGGCGCAGUCUGCAUGGAAAUCGUCUUUAAAGAGGCAAAGUAAAGGGGUGGAAUCAU